CCAGCCAGGUCUCCUUCGUGAAUGGGCUGAGAAACAAGCAGAAGCUGUGGAGAUACUGAGAGUGUUUCACGAGAGUCAGCUCAGAGAGUGGAAGGAGCACCUUACUUUACACAGCAACAGAAGGAAAUACCCUGGCCUGUGUGCGCUUCACCUGUGCAUGUCAGCAAAACAAACAGCUGCCUGCAGAAGGCUAAAGGAAUCCAUUUGAUGGUGCUCUAUCUUUUAUCCUUCUGUAUCUCUAUCUACUACUACUGCUGUGGCUCAAAGAUUUGAACAGAAAACAAAAGGUGGAAUUAUUAUUGUAUUUGUUGGUGUUGUUACAUUCAGUAUAUAACACUGCGGUGUGCUGAAGGCAUCUCUCUCCCUCUUGAAGGAUUGUUUUUUUUCUCCUGCGGCGGGACCGUACAAAUCCGCCAAGACGCCUCGUGCCGUGCUCCGCGUGAAAAAUGCGCCGGCUAGAUUGGCAAAGCCGGCGCCCAACCCGGCGCCAACGCCGGGCUUGUACAUGGAGCGCUCCCAGAGCCGGAUCAGUCUGUCGGCGUCCUUCGAAGCCCUCGCCAUCUACUUCCCCUGCAUGAACUCCUUCGACGAGGACGACGUGGAUGCGGACGGUCGGAAGCUCCGAGGGGGUAUUCAGCGCAGCACCGAGACGGGACUCGCUGUGGAGAUGCCAAGCCGGACAGUCAGACAAGCAAGCCACGAGUCCAUCGAGGACAGCAUGAACAGCUACGGAUCUGAGGGAAAACUGGGAGUAUUUGGAGUAAAUGGCUAUGGGAAUCUAGCCCAAGAACUCCCUAAAGGUCUCCAGGAGAGUGUGGAGUUUGAAGGUCAAGGCCUGAAUUACAGUGGGGUUUGCCUUGCGUCCGACACUCAGUUCAGUGACUUCCUGGAUGGAAUGGGCCCGGCACAGUUUGUUGGACGUCAGACGUUGGCUACGCCAUCAAUGGGGGACGUUGAAAUUGGAUUGAUGGAGAGAAAUGGCCAGCUGGAGGUGGAGAUUAUUCAGGCACGAGGUCUGACCCUCAAACCGGGCUCCAAAACAUCACCAGCUGCGUAUAUUAAGGUGUACCUUCUUGAAAACGGUAUCUGUGUUGCAAAAAAGAAGACAAAGUGUGCUCGCAAAUCACGAGACCCCAUUUACAACCAGGUCCUGGUCUUCUCUGAAAGUCCUCAGGGGAAAGUCUUGCAGGUGAUCGUGUGGGGGAACUACAGCCGCAUGGAUCGUAAGUGUUUCCUGGGCGUGGCCCGCGUGCUGCUGGAGGAGCUGGAUUUGUCCAGCAUGCUCAUCGGCUGGUACAAGCUCUUCCCCACCUCCUCCAUGGUGGACCCCACGAUGGCGCCGUUAAUCCGGCACUCCUCACAGCUCUCGCUCGAGAGCCCUUGCUGUGACAGGUCAUAACAGCGCAAGAGAAGCAGAACACUGCUUUUUUUAUGUGUUUCUAUCUUUCCGUGCUGGAGGUCCUGUUCCUUAGCACGCUGCAUGCUUGAUCAGAUUCUCCAGGGCCCCAUUGCAAUGGGGGACGACGCCACCUUCGGCGUGUGAAGAGAAGACAAAGACUAAUGGUCCCAGACUCUAAAACAAAGUAACUGGUACCGCCUCUCCGCAGCAGCGUGGUAACCAGAGUCACGUGAUUUUAAUCUCCAGGUUCACUUUGCAGUUCUGAGCAUCUGAGCUGUUACCUCACAGCGCAGAUGCUGUUAACGGGAGGGUUCAUAUCUGGAAGAGGGGUGAUUCUUGUUAAUUAAUGGAUGAAGCUGAAGAGUUAUUAGAAGUUGAAAGGUAUAUCAGGAAAUGUAUGGUAUUUAAAUAGGAAAAAUAAGGUCACUAGUGUUUUUUUCUUAAUUGAUAUUUAUAAACGCGCCGCAAUGUUUAAGAUAUUAGACACAUGUUUAUUGCAGUGCUUCAUCCAAAGCUUGAAACAGCUUUCAAGAAAUACGGUGUCUUGUAAAGCCUGGCUAGUUCCUGAAGACUUGCACUGUACAACAGCAGCUUUUACUGCAUUGGAAUACCUGUGCCAAAUUACCAGUAAGUGUCAUUAACCUGCGGCUGUGGCUGCUGCUGAGUGAAUGGAGGAGACUUCUUGAACUGACCACGAAGAAUACAAUUAAAAAAAAGAAAAAGGCAUAACCUUUUCUAGCGGCAGAAUCACAAGAAGAAAACAAUACAUGGUGUUUCCUUGCAUCAGAACCCUUGAUAUUUACACAGUGUUGAACACAUAGCACCAUGGACACAGGAACGCCUUUCUGUUGUAGAUUGGUACGCUAUCAGUGCAUUCUUACUGUGUACUGUGAAGGUGCAGAAUCAGACAGCAGUUCAUUCUAACAAUGAAAGCAAAGAUGAGAAAGCAUGUGGCUACUUUUAUUGGACUAAUGAAACGUGUGUUAGCAUUGAUAUUGAGGGUUAGGGUAAAUUAAUGUUAAAAACAAACAGGCUAUCACUGGGGCGCUUUGCAGCCUUGAAUGUUUUAAUUACUGGCACAUCUGCACUGAGCCAGACUCUCUUCUUUACACUCUUGGAUGGAAUGAGAAACACAGGCUUUGAGAUGCGGAACUUCGUUAGGUAUGCAUGAUUGUAGCUCUAGUGCACAGCAUGACAAAUUGUAUUGUAGUUUGAGGAGAGCAGCAGAUGAAGUGCAUGACAGAGGUAGUUGUUUUUGGGGUGUGGGAGAAGGGGGUGAGAGGGAGUGGGGGUGUAUCAUUACUGAUUUCAUUGGCAAUGCUGCAUCAACCGCUCACUUUUAUAGAGUGAUCGGUGAGCAGCAGACCAGAAAGGUUUCUAUAACAAAACUAUCAGAUUGAAUGUGAGAAUGAGACUUUCAGAAGGUGGAGAGAAACCAAUGUGCAUUACUGCGAACCACGAAUUGAGAAAAGACUACGAGAAGUGAUGAGUAUAUAUAUAUAUAAUAAAGCAUAGGGAUCACAGUUUCACAUAGUUUAGAAACACACACACUUACAGUAGAUCUGUACUCUCUUUUUGCACACACACACUUACAGUAGAUCUGUACUCUGUGUUUGCACACACACACAUUUACAGUAGAUCUCUACUCUGUGUUUGCACACACACACUUACAGUAGAUAUGUACUCUGUGGUUGCACACACACACACACACACACACACACACACACACACACACA